CGAGCUUCCAUCCCACACCACAGGAAAUCUGUGUUUGGUUUAAAUACAAGAGUCUCCUCCUGCAGAAAAACAGUCUGCGGCAGGAACACACAGCAGCAUGUUCAGCCAUGUGGAGCAUCCUGCUGCGGGCUACAAGAAGAUCUUUGAGACUGUGGAGGAGCUGAAUGAACCCAUACCGGCCCGCGUCAUUGGUGUUCUACCUUCAUGGCUUGGGGGCAGUCUUCUCAGGAUGGGUCCGGGUCUUUUCGAGGUGGGAGGUGAACCUUUCAACCACCUGUUCGAUGGACAGGCUCUCAUACACAAGUUUGACCUGAAGAACGGUCAGGUGACCUACUACAGGAAGUUCAUCAGGACGGAUACGUACGUCCGUGCCAUGACGGAGAACCGGGUUGUCAUCACGGAGUUUGGAACAGCAGCCUACCCAGACCCCUGCAAGAACAUCUUCUCCAGAUUCUUUACUUACUUCAAAGGAAUCGAGGUGACGGAUAACUGCCUCGUGAACAUCUGUCCAAUCGGUGAGGACUUCUAUGCCGUCACAGAGACCAAUUACAUCACCAAGGUUGAUCCUGAUUCCCUGGAGACUCUGAAGAAGGUGGACCUGUGUAAGUACGUCUCUGUGAAUGGGGUGACUGCUCACCCCCACACUGAUGCAGAUGGUACAGUCUAUAACAUCGGCAAUUGCUUCGGUAAGAACUUCAGUCUGGCCUACAACAUCGUCAAGAUCCCACCUCCUCAGGAAGAUGAGAAAGACAAGUCCGAUCCCCUGGAGCGAGCCCAGGUGGUCCUUCAACUGCCCAGCAGUGAGAGGUUAAAACCCUCUUACCUGCACAGUUUCGGCAUGACAGACAACCACUUUGUGUUUGUGGAGCAGCCGGUGAAGAUCAACGUGCUCAAGUACCUGUCUGCUUGGAGCGUCAGAGGGACCACGUACAUGGACUGCUUUGAAUCCAACGACAGCAUGGGGACAUGGUUCCACUUGGCCACCAAGGACCCAGCAGAUUAUCUGAGCAGCUACAAGUUCAGAACGUCCGCUUUCAACAUCUUCCACCACAUCAACGCCUACGAGGAUCAGGGAUUCAUCGUGGUCGACCUCUGCACGUGGAAAGGGCAUGACUUUGUGUACGACUACCUGUACCUGGCCAACUUAAAGGGGGAGUGGGAGGAGGUGAAGAAAGCAGCGAUGAGAGCGCCUCAGCCUGAGGUCAGACGAUACGUGCUGCCGCUGGACAUCCACAGGGAAGAGCAGGGAAGGAAUCUGGUGUCUCUGUCCUACACCACAGCAACUGCUGCGCUUCGCAGUGACGGAACUAUCUGGCUCGAACCUGAAGUGCUCUUCUCUGGACCCAGACAGGCCUUUGAGUUUCCACAGAUUAACUACUCUCUGUGUCGUGGGAAGAAGUAUUCCUUCGCCUACGGUUUGGGUCUCAACCACUUCAUCCCCGACCGGAUAGUCAAGCUGAACGUGCAGACCAAAGAGACGUGGGUGUGGCAGGAGGACGAAUGUUACCCGUCAGAGCCGCUGUUUGUACCAACACCUGCAGCCACAGAGGAGGAUGACGGUGUGCUGCUGAGCAUUGUGGUAAAGCCGGGUGCAGAGAGGCCGAGCUUCCUGCUGGUGCUGGAUGCCGUGAAACUGACGGAGCUGGCCAGGGCCGAGGUCAACACCAUCAUCCCGGUGACCCUCCACGGCACUUACAAACCCUGACCCUGACCUUUACCCCCCCGCAGCCAAGAAACAGCCAAUAUAUGUAUGAGAAAAUACAAAUUUCUAUAGGCCCUUGGUACAUGUAUUAUGUUAUCAAUGUUAAUUCCCUGCUUGGAGCAGACGGUGCUUGUCGGCUGGAAUGUACACAUGCAAUCAGUGUCGUUCGAUAUUUACAGCUAUUCACAUUCUUGUUCUUUAGACGAGGCCUGGCAGUUUAUUUGUGUAGCACAUUACAGCAACAAAGCAUUCACUGUGCUUCACGUAAAACUAUUAAAACCAUCAACUUAAGGGAAAAUAUAAAUACAUUUAAAACAAUUAUUGACAAGAACUUUCUAUUAGACACUCUAAGUGACAAUCAGAAAUGAUAUUGAUGAAAGUGGUUUUAUUAUUCUUAUUUUAAUGUUAGUGCCUUUUAAUGAUAGUAUGUUUAAGCUUACCACUAUAAUCAUAUGGCGCACAUCUCCACAAACUGAAGUAAGAGUUGUAAUCACAUACAUGUCGACAGUCAUGGCUCAUGGUAGGAUGGACACCCAGUGGUGGAGGACCUGAACCUUACGAAGUUCCUUAUGGACCUGAACCCAACAAGACACUUCAACCCUUUGGGAAAAUACCUUGAAUGAAGAGCUUGAGUGAUUUAUAAAGAACUGAAUAACUGGACACAUCCUGAAAUCCCCUUAUAUACAGUACUCCAAAUAUAUCUGCAGACACCUUUAAAGAUCCCUGUACAUUGUAACAGUAAUUGUGGAACUUUGUAAUAAAAUCUGUCUACACCCCUCUAAUUCUGA